AUUUGAUGAACGCCCUGCCAGCGGGAGAUCUUGGCAACCUGUGCCCAUCUGUGCCCUUAGACAAGUGACAAGUCAUGUCAAAACCGAGUGUCAGGCCUGGAACAGGAGAGGACAUUGUGCUGAUCCUGCGCCAUUUCAGCGACCCUGCUAGCCACCCCCAGCAGAGAUACAUAGAGAAGCGCUCAAGAUCUCAGCGAGGUGUGAGUCAAGGUGGCAAUGGCGCCGAGUUUAGCGACACUUCAGAGUCACUGUCCCAAAUCUUCAAUGCGCAGCUCUUGCGACUUCAGAAGUUUGUGCAGGAACUCUUGCGAGAUGCAGUUUUUUUGCUUUCUGCGGGAGCACUGAAACUUUCCCUACACCUGGUCACGAUUCUUCGUGCUUUCUUUGCCUGCUUGUGCUGCUUUCGUGGCGCUGGCAAGGUUGGCUUUCUGACACGGCGGUAUUGGGCACUCUCCUGCUUGAAUUUUCAGUUGAACACCAUUUGGAGGGAGAGGAAGGCACAGAAGCGAUUGGCUGCUGAGUUUCUGCGGAGGCAUCAGAUCUCAACACUGCUGAGCAUCCGUUUGCUGAAGCACAUCAACUGGUUACAGCCUCAACAGGUUCGCCCAAAAGAUCCAGAAAAGGUCAGACGGAAUGCAAUGACUUUGAUCUCCGAGAUUCUGGAGGAGAUGGGAGCCCCUCCAUUGAUAGAGCAUCCCUUCUUUCGCAGCUUCAGAAGCAGACAUCCCAAGCUUCAAACCCAGCUAUGCAACGAGGCUCUUGUGCCAGUUUUUCAUUCUGCGAAUGAGAUAGUGUUCACGGUUGGAGAAUCAUGCUCGAUGAUGUAUGUCAUUGUGAACGGCAGCGCGCAGUAUGCGGCACAGCUUCCUCCUCCCAGAGAUGCUCCGGUUGGCACUGCUGGUACGCAGGUUCGAAAGACUCUCCGCAGUGGUCACUGGUUGAGUGAAGCUGCCCUUUGGACUGGCUGGGUCCACCGCGGCGAGUUACGAACCCUAUCCGACUGCUUAUUCUUUGGGCUGGAAGCUGGCUGGUUUGCAAGGGUAAUUAGCUCGCAGAAGUCGGCACAUGCUUUUGCGGCGAGCUACGCGAGGAAAUUUGUGGAAGGCCUGAACCGGAGCAUCCAGUCAGACAUAACGGAGGCCGGCCCAGUCGAUUGAUGGUCUUGAGCAGAGCCUGCACCCUCGCAAGAAGCAAUGAUCUUCACUUGUGAUCUGUGCAUCAAGAAGCCCCUAAGACUGGAGGCUUCUGGUCUGGAGUCAAGGCAUUCAGAAAAGAAAA